AUGUGCGGACUGCUAUCUCCUGAGGCCCGGAGCUGUCGGGUACCCGCCACGGGGCUCCUCCUGGUCUCCUACCUGGCUUACUUGGUGCUGGGCACCGGAGUGUUCUGGGUACUGGAAGGUCGUGCGGCCCGGAACUCCAGCCGCAUCUUUCAGCGCGACAAGUGGGAGCUACUACAGAACUUCACGUGUCUGGAUGGCCCAGCGCUGGACCUGCUGAUACGGGACAUCAUCCGAGCAUACAAAGACGGGACCCAUCUCCUGGACAAUGCCACCAGCAUGGGGCGCUGGGAGUUUGUGGGCUCUUUCUUCUUUUCUGUGUCCACCAUCACUACCAUCGGCUACGGCAACCUGAGCCCGGAGACCAUGGCUGCCCGUCUCUUCUGCAUACUCUUUGCUCUCAUGGGAAUCCCGCUCAAUCUGGUGGUGCUCAACCGGCUGGGCCACCUUAUGCAGCGAGGGGUGCACCGAUGUGUCCAACGGCUGGGGGGCAGCUGGCAGGACCCAGCAAGGGCACCGUGGCUGGCAGGCUCCGCCGCGCUCCUCUCCGGCCUCCUGCUCUUCCUGUUGCUGCCUCCACUUCUCUUCGCCCACAUGGAAGGCUGGAGCUACAUGGAGAGCUUCUACUUUGCCUUCAUCACGCUCAGCACAGUGGGCUUCGGCGACUAUGUGAUUGGUAUGGACCCCUCUCGGAAGUACCCUGUGUGGUACAAGAACAUCGUGUCCCUGUGGAUCCUCUUUGGGAUGGCCUGGCUCGCCCUCAUCAUCAAAAUGAUCCUGUCCCUGCUCGAGACACCAGGGGACAUGUGCACCUGCUCCCUACGCUGCUCCAAAGGGAACAGCAGCAGGGGCCGAAGCUGGAGGCAGGGCCAAGAAGGGGAACACAGGGUCCAAUCGCCAGGCAUCACAUCUGGAAGCUUCCACUCCAGGUGUGCGAUAUGACAAGGACAGCUCGCUGCCUUCCAGGACUGCUGAUCUUCCUCCUC